AUGAGGAUCAGUAAAAGUGCCCCAGAUCUCCUGAAGAAGGCAGUGACGUCCGUUAAGAGCAAGACUGAUGCUCUAAGAACAAAGCUCAUCAUUCUGGCCUCUGUGCGCCAAAGGUUAGCGAUGGCCCCAGUGAUGAUGUCUCGCCAGAUCCAUGAGCUUGUCGUGUCGGACAGCCGCGAGAAGCCGGCUAGGGUGGAGCACCGCAGCAAGGCUCUCACGAUGCCCAAGGCAAUGACGAAGAGCGAGGAGCCAACUGGUGACCAUGGCUACCCAGACUGGACCAAUUCCCUCUUCGAAGAUGACAACUGUUACAGGAAUGAGGAGGAUGACCAUGACGACGACGACCACGAUGAUCUUGGUAUUCUUGAUGCGCUUGAUGAAGAGCCAUCGGUCUUCGAGAUCAUAAGGAGCAAGCGGGAGGCUGAAGGUCUGGAGUUCAACAUGGACCAUGACAUCGACGAGGCCUGUGACAUGUUCAUUAGGAGGUUCUGA